AUGUAUAUAUAACAAGCAGUUGCUUUGACUCGUCACCAGUAUGCCAGUGGACAACUUAUAGUCGCGAUUUAAUUGUUGGGACUUUACUGGAGUGUCAUUCAUUAGCAAUGGGUUACCUCGUCAAUGAUCACUCGUUCGUCGUCAUCGUCGCCUUCGUCUCGUUGUUGGCCGUGAUUCCUAGCUCACAGGCCGGAGGGUGUAGCUGCCCUCCACUAUGGACAGGCUUUGGUCAAAACUGCUACAGGUUCUUCUCGAUGAAUGUAACUUGGUUUGAAGCGGAGAACCGCUGUCGUGAUUUCACUGUCCCGUGCUCUGACGGGAGUACUGAUGGUCUGUUUCAGGGACAUCUCGUCUCGGUUCAUUCCCGGGAAGAAUACUCCUUCUUAACCACGAUGUACGAGUCAGUCAGAGUAAAGCGGAUUGGUGUAUCAAACUGGGUCUGGAUCGGUUUACACGACCGAGGUACGGAGAACACGUUUGAAUGGAUCGACGGGACCGAAGUGGAGUAUACCCCCUGGACCCCUGGGCAACCCAACAACUACCAAGAACAGGAUUGUAUUGUAUUCAGACAAGAGGAUGAAUAUCAAUGGCAUGAUGUGUCCUGCGACUACGAUAGAGUGGAAGCAUACAUUUGUAAAAUUCCGAAAUGGUAGCCAUCAGCGAAAUAAGAAAUAGCAACGACAAAAUUACGUAGCGUCAAAUUAGUUGGCUUGUUCUCAUUUUCAGAUCGAGUACGGUAUAUGUGAUUCUUAUUUAGUGGAUGGAAACCCAGAUUUUCCUUUUGUUCUUGUGACAUUGAAUUUUUAUAUCAUCACAAAUUUUGCAUCUGCAAUAGCGCCAUCUAUUGGCCUUUCCGAGGUGCUAAAUAAGAAUUGAAAGGUAUUUUUUUUCGAUAUCAGAUAUGCAAUAGUGGUUAUCAUAUCAAAAUUCUAGAAAUCGUCGGGCAUCCCACCCCCCCCCCCCUCCUGUUCAACAUAGGCCUUUAUCUUUGGUCAUUUAGAACCGAAAUUUCAGAUAGGAAAGGCGAAUAAAUGAUGAAUCCAAUCUAAUUGAAUUUAAUUUACUAGAACGUCAAUGACAAUUCGCCAAUAUCUUAUUCAAAACAAGAAGUACAAAAAUAUAAACAUAAAGCCCCAGUCACAUAUCAACACGGAUCCUCACGGAUCAACACGGCAAUGCCGGCAU